AUGGAACAACUACUCCUUACUCUUAUUCUUAUGUCAAUGCUUCAUUUGAAUUCAUUAGCUUCUUUGAUCAAUGAAAAAUCAUACUUCAAGGUUAAUUAUACUGCCCUUAAACAAGCUAGAAAAGCCUUCAUGGCUUUUGAUACAUCCAAUCUUCAAGAUCCUCCAAUGCCCCCUAAAUCUUUUAGUGUUUACCAUCUCGACCUUUUUGAAAAGUCAAAAUUCAAGGAUUACGAUUCAGUAUUCAACAAUCGUCUUGCUCAGGAUCAUGUCAGAGCAACUUACCUAUCGUCGAGGCUCAGAUCCCAUGGUAGUACUAAAAAUAAAAAGGGGAUCGAUUCUCGGGGGAGAUUUUAUGCACGAAAUUCAAGUAAGAUCCUUGACCAAAUCCUAAAGGUAGCACCUACUAUGUACAUGAAAGGUCAUUAUGUUGCAACUUUUAGGCUUGGAAGUGAAAAAAUACACAAUUUGUUGCUAAUAGAUAGUGCAAAUUACUUGACUUGGUGGCAAUGUGCACCAUGUAUUCAAGAUAAGUGUUUUAAGCCACAAUUUUAUUCGAUAUACGAUCAUACCACAUCAAACACAUUUAGAGAAUUGGAUUGUGUUGAAGAGAGUGCAACUUGCAUAUCUUCAGAUCCAGAUUUUCAUUGUUCUUUAGGAAGCAAGGCAUGUUUCUAUGUACAUGUUUAUGAUAAUGGAGAAACAACGAAAGGGUUCGUUGCAUCGGAAAUUAUCACAUUUCCAUCAGACAAUACGCAAGCCAGGAUUAAUUUUGGAUGUAGUAUUGAUCAAAAAAGUGGUACUGAUUUUAGUGGUACGUUUUCUGGAAUUGUUGGUCUUAGUAAAAGAGUGAGCACAAAAACUACAGGAGGAUAUUCUUUGCCAUCACAAUUAGGUUCUUCAUUAUUCGCGUUAUGUUUGCCCAGCUUAACAUCAACCCAACCAUCUUUCCUAACGUUUAAUAAAGCUCCGUGGAUAUAUGGUACAGAGGCAAAACUCCUGAAAAAUAAAUUGAACCCUCAUUUUUACUAUGUUAAUCUUUACAAGAUUUUCAUAAAUGAUAAAGAAGUCCCUGUGGAUCCUUCGUGGUGGAGUGGUAAAAAAGAAGAUCAUGGUGUUAUGAUAGACACCGGGUCAUUGAUAACCAGAUUUCCUCAUGAUUUAUACAUUGUUUUUCGAUACAUAUUUAGAGAACAAGUGCAAUACCCAAUGCUUCAAUAUCCCAUUGGUAUAUUCGAUACUUGCUAUAAAGAUAUUGAAGGGAAUGAAGAAAUGUAUUUCCCAAUUAUAAGGUUUUAUUUUGGGAAUGUUUCUCAUAGACAAGAAUUGAUGCUAAUACAAGAAAGAGUUGUUGCUAAUUUACAAGGCUUUUAUUGCUUGGCUUUUUUGCCAUGGAAUGAUAAAACAACACUUGUUGGCUCUCAUCAACUUCAAGGCACAGGAUUGACUUUUGAUAUGAAAAACAAUGCUUUGACAUUUAGUGUUGAUGCUUGUGAUUAA